AUGUCCAAAUCUGUCAGGCUGCUGAAUGGAUCCAGCCUGUGUUCAGGCAGACUGGAGGUGAAGUCUGACCAGACCUGGUCCUCAGUGUGUGAAGCUGACUUUGACCAGCAGGAUGCAGAGGUGGUCUGCAGGGAGCUCGGCUGUGGGCCUCCUUCAGUCCUCCAGGGGGCGCUCUAUGGAGAAGGGGAGGCUCCCAUGUGGACCAAAGAGUUCCAAUGUGGAGGUCAUGAGUCUGCUCUGCUGGACUGUAGAAGCUCAGACUCUGAUAGAAACACCUGCUCAUCUGGCAGAGCUGCUGGACUCACCUGCUCAGAUCCUGUCAGGUUGGUGGGAGGAGCCAGUCGCUGUGCAGGUAGACUGGAGAUGAAACUGGGAGAAUGGACACCAGUGGAUGGUUAUAGAUGGACCCUGGAAACUGCAGCUGUUAUCUGUGAACAUCUGAACUGUGGUUCUGCUGUUUCUGUGGGAAAGAGAAAGGAGGCCUCACGCAGAUCUGUGUGGUCGAUCGAGUCUGACUGUAUUCAGUCUGGAUCUCUUCUGAGGGAAUGUGCAACACCAGAUCAUGGUGACUCCAUUUUGAAUCUCGCCUGUUCAGUCCCCAACUGUAGGUGGCGAUGCUGAGAAAUGUUGAUUGAUA